AUGGCUAGUAAAAGAAUCCAGAAGGAACUGCUGGAUUUGCAGAGGGAUCCCCCAACUUCCUGCAGUGCCGGCCCGGUCGGAGAGGAUCUUUUCCACUGGCAAGCGACGAUCAUGGGCCCUGCAGACAGCCCUUAUGCGGGAGGUGUUUUCUUCAUCAAGAUUCAUUUCCCCCCGGAUUACCCUUUCAAGCCUCCCAAGGUCAACUUUCAGACAAAGGUCAGCUCUCCCCAGAUCUCGCCGCUGACUUGCUCUUCAGAAUCAUGCAUCCUGCGCAUUUUUGGCAUUUCAGAGGUUUUUGGAUGAAUCUCUGGUUGACUCUGACCAUCCCCUUCCUUCUAUGGCAGGUCUACCAUCCCAACAUCAACUCCAACGGCAGCAUCUGCCUGGACAUUCUCAAGGAGCAGUGGAGCCCCGCGUUGACCAUCUCGAAGGUCCUCCUCUCCAUCUGCUCUCUCCUCACGGACCCCAACCCAGACGACCCCCUCGUCCCGGAGAUCGCUCACAUCUACAAGAAUCAGAGGCCCCGCUACGAAGAGACGGCCAGGGCCUGGACCCAGAAGUUCGCCAUGGGUUGA